AUGAUCCUCGACACCAUCGAUAAAUUCUCUCUCAUGGAAGCUCUACCGGACUUUGCUGGAAUUAUUGGAGAAGAAACUCAUAUGAUGUGGGAAGAGAUCGCCACAUACCUGUAUCUUCUUGUUGCUGCAAUGAUCAAAGGAAACCAUUAUAACUGUGCCCAGUUCGCUGCUGCACAA